CUUCCUUGCUGAGACUACGUCCGAUUUAUAUCUAGAAUUUAGCACAAGAGACCAGAUUCAAGAACGCUUGCGCAGAUAUAAACUAGGAAAUUUACAUCAAAAUGUCACGUUAUUCAAGGCCUCCAAAUACAUCUUUAUAUGUUAGAAAUGUUAACGAAGGAGCAAGGGAAGAUGAAAUGAGAGCAAUGUUUGGUAAAUAUGGACCAUUGAAAGAUGUUUAUAUACCGUUAGACUAUCAUUCUAGGCUACCUAGAGGAUUUGCAUAUAUUCAGUUUGAAGAUCCUAGAGAUGCUGAUGAUGCACUUUAUCACUUGGACAGAACAAGAUAUCAGGGCAGAGAAUUAGAGAUAGAAUUUGCUAGGGGAGAUAGAAAAUCACCAGGUCAGAUGAGAACAAAAGAUAGAAGACCAUACCAUGGAUCCCGUUAUGAUGAUCACGAUAGAAGGAGGUCAUAUAGAUCACACAGUAGAAGCCCAAAAAGAUACAGAUCAAGGUCACGGUCACCAAGGAGAUCACGAAGGUCACGAACAAGAUCCAGAACACCAGACAGAAGAAGAUCAAGAUCAAGGUCUUAUGAUAGAAGGAGGUCAAGGAGCAGAAGUUACAGAAGGAGAUCAUAUAGUAGGUCAAAAAGCAGGUCAUAUGACAGACAGAGAAGUCGAGACAGAUCACGUUCGUACAGUCGAUCACCAUCAGCAUCACCAAGAGAAAAUGGAGCACCAUGAACAUUUGAUGGAUAUUAUUAUCAUUAUGGAUACAUGACAUUUUAUUGUUAUAUAAGAGGAGAACAAGUUCAAAGUGUAUAAAAUAGGAACAUGGACAAGAAGCCAAAAAUUGUUUUUAUUUUAUGUUUUACAUGUUUUAUGUUAGGUUUUAACAAAGAAAGAAUAUCUUUGGACAAUUUUCACAUGAACAGCUUAUUGAGAAUAAAAUUUUGAUAAAUAAAACAUUGACAAUAAAGCUGUACAGUUUA